AGUCGUGUCAUCGCUGAUGCACCGGAUUCGAAGCGCGCAAUGUGCACCGCCGAGUUGCCGCAACCGAAUUGUUGCGCUCCGAUUCGAGUUUCAUCAAACGCAUCGACAGACAAGUCUUCGCCGCCGCGGUACACCAUUGGAAGAACCAGAAAAGCAAAAGCAAAAGCAGUACAAAUAACGAACCAAACCAUGCAGAAUUACACCGCCGAUCCGUGUUCCGCGGUCGCCCCGCUGGUGCGAGCGAUGGAAUGCAUCCCGGAAGGAGAAAACGAAGACGGUCUCCACGGUUCUUCGGCAAGCCUUUUCUCGAGCAUCCGGAACCUGAAUCCCGCCUUUGGCGGAACCGAAACCGACAAACAAGAGGCCCCGCUGAAGGACCUGAAACAGAGGCUGGAGUCCUUCCUGUCGUGCGGGUGGCUCACGAAGCAAGAGUACCAGCAGCACGCCGACUUUCUCGCAACCUACCACAGCGAUUCUUCCAUCGGUGCCAACGGGAAAUUUGCCCUCCGAGAACUGGAGAAGGAACUGGAUUCCAUCGAGGAAAAAAAGUCCGCACAGCCGGCACCCCAGUCCUGGAGCGACAUGUUCAUGUCCACCCUCGGGAUAUCGACCUCCAAGCCGGGAAGCAGCGGGCCGCAGGCACGGACUUCCUUUUCGCCGCUGGCCAAUGCCACCAACCGCUCGGCGAACGGAGCCACCAACCCAUCCCCGCCGACGAUCGUCUCUCCGGGAGACCUGUCCAAUGUCCUGUCGGGGGAAGACGUCGCGGAGCUCUUCGUCGAGACGUGUUUCUUCGCCCGGCUGGGCUUUGUCCAGCCCCCCUGCUGCAUGUCUUGCACGUACAGGGAGGCCCUGCGGGGGAGCUUGCCGAACGAGCAGUGCGACCGGUGGGUCGUCUGGAGGAGGGACGCGGGCAAGACCUUCGAUCCCAGCAACAACGCCGACCUGGGCAAGAACGCACUGGUAGUGCAGUGCCGUUCGGCCCGCAGGCUGAUCGCGGGAAAGACGGUCGAGGGGUACAGGUGGGACGACAAGAAGCGUGUGCUGCGCCGGCGAACAAAAGGUAUCUAGCUGCCGAGGGAGAAAGAACGAACCGCCACAAAGGCGCACAGCAAUUGCCAAACACCGUUGUCGUCACUUGUGUUUUGUCGCACUUGCACACUGCAGCCCAAUACUACCACCGUACACAUAUUAUAAACACCAGUAUGAAUA